AUAUAAAGAACCCAGCACUGCAGUCAUUCAUUAGAGACACUAAGACACUCAACGACUAAGCAACUUAUUUGCUGAAUUGUCUUUCACACUCAGCAUUUAGAUACGUAACAAUGAAGGCAGCAUUGAGGAAUGGACUGUUGCUACUCGUAACAAUAUGUCAAGUGAGAAGUUCGGUUUCUUUACCUAACUUCAACGAUUCCAUUUUUGCUGUGACCAAUAAGACCGAAAUUGAGAUCCUCGACGAUGACGUUGACUUACUGUUGCGGUCUGUCGCCGAUGCUCUUCCCAGCGAAAUGAGACUAGACAACGCCAGUGAAGCGCCAGACGAAGAGUGCUCCUUACACGGUCUCCGGAACAGCGUCAAACGCAAGGGAGAUGCGGCUGUCCUACAAGUCACUGACAAUGAAGUCCUCAUAUCCUUUGACGUCUCUAUGAACGAGACGGAAGUUCGAUGCGUCCGGAAGGAAGAAGACAGGCCCCCAGUCGUCCUAAGGCGCAGCUGGUGGAAGAAAGUGCGAGAGGGCGUUAAGAAGGCGGUCAAGGUGGUGGCAACCGAUUUUGCUGUGAAAGUCGUUUUAAGUACAGUACUCCUCGACGAACCUAGGUUGCGAGACGUUAGGGUGAUGGAUUUGCAAAUUAGCGGGUCUGAGGGCUCAGGAACCACGGUGUCCGAAGAGACUGCUCUUUUGAAGAAACUCGUCGAUGGCAAAGAAAAGAUUUCUAAAGAACUGGAGGAAACCAUAUCAGAAAAGCUACGCAGUCUUUAAGGUGUGCAAAAAGGCAUGCGCUCAACAAACGCAAAUAAUUAAUGAUUCAUGAUAACGAUUUCAUUUUGAUUUUGGUCAAUCAAUAAAAUAUUUAAGUUUUAA